AUGAAGGUCUCACUUCUUCUCACUUCCGUCUUCAUUGGCGCCGCCUUGGCUCACCCUGCCACACUCGUCAAGCGCGACGACGCUCCUUGUUCCAACGCGAUAUAUAAUUACCCCAGCUGCUGCUCUAGCAGCACUUUGAGCCUUGCGGAUACUAGGUGCAAAGCUGGUCAGUUGCAAUUCCUGUCGUCCGACUAG